UGUGGGUUUAUUAUAAGGCGGAGCUCCGCCGGAGAGGUGCGGGUGGGAGCCGAGCCGAGCGGAGAGGAAUCCAGCAGUAGAGAGCGGACUGCAGCCGGCGGACCCUGCCGCCCUCGCCUAGGACAGCCGCGCGCUGGGCAUCGCCGGAAGGGUCCGCGCGCAGCGCAACCGGCUGAGCCGGCCCGGAGCCCCGCGUAGUCCGCGCAGCCCCGACCCGCGCAGCCCGCCGCCGGUCCGGGCAGCAUGAGGCGCGCGGCGCUCUGGCUCUGGCUCUGCGCACUGGCGCUGCGCCUGCAGCCGGCCCUCCCGCAAAUUGUGGCCACAAAUGUGCCCCCUGAAGAUCAAGAUGGCUCUGGGGAUGACUCUGACAACUUCUCUGGCUCUGGCGCAGGUGCUCUGCAAGAUAUCGCCUUGUCAAAGCAGACCCACUCCACCCGGAAGGAUGUGGGGCUCCUGACAGCCAUGCCCACGGCUCCAGAGCCCGCCAGCACGGAUACCACUGCCGCCUCCACCUCCAUUAUGCCGCCCGCAGAGGGGCCCGAGGAGGGAGAGGCAGUGCUCCUGGCAAAGGUGGAGCCUGGCUUUACUGCCCAGGAGGAGACCACCCAUCCACCCAGUGAGACCACCCUGCACCCAACCACCCACCGGGCAUCAAGAGCAACAGCAAGAACUGCCACGGCCCAGGGGCCUGCCACCUCCCGUCCCCACAGGGCCACACAGCCUGACCACCAUGGGACCUCAGCUCCUGCAGGACCCGACCAGCUCGACCCUCACAGCCCCAUACUGGAGGACGGAGGUCCUUCUGCCACUGAAAGUGCUGCUAAGGAUGGAGCCUCCACGCAGCUCCCAGCAGGAGAGGGCUCUGGGGAGCAGGACUUCACCUUUGAUGUGUCUGAGGAGAGCACGGCCCGGGAUGCUGACCAGCGGAAUCAGCCCCCAGUGGAUCACAAGGCCACUGGGACCUCGCAGGGCCUCCUGGACAGGAAGGAAGUGCUGGGAGGGGUCAUUGCCGGAGGCCUCGUGGGGCUCAUCUUCGCCGUGUGCCUGGUGGGUUUCAUGCUGUACCGGAUGAAGAAGAAGGACGAGGGCAGCUACUCCUUGGAGGAGCCGAAACAAGCCAACGGCGGGGCCUACCAGAAGCCCACCAAGCAAGAGGAGUUCUAUGCCUGAUAGGGGAGCAGUUCUCCCCUCCCCCUGCCACUCAGCUAGGCCCCCACUUGCCUCUUCGUUGAAGAACUGCAGGCCCUGCCUCCCCUGCCACCAUGCAACGUCCCCAGCACUCCCUGCGCCCCUGGCCGGCUCCCUGCCCGUGGAGUUCUGGGGCACGCUGGGGCUCUCCUCUGCUUCUCUGACUUCUGCCUGGAGACUUGGGCGCAAGGGCUUUCUCGCGUAUGAGCUUUCCACCACAGCCAGCACCUCGCAUCUCACCAUUCUGACUCAGUGUCUCCAAACUGGAGCAGCCCCUCCCCAGGCCCAGCUCUGGAGAGAAAGGGGACCCCGCUGCUUUGGACCUGGAUGGCCCACUGGGGCUGGGAGAUGCUGGGGCUGAGGGCUGAGGGCUGACACCUCUGUAGCACUUACUGGGAGAGACCAGCAGUCUUGGGGGCGUCCACCGCUGAGUGGCAGGGAGAGGAGUUCAGGGCUCCAUCGGAAUUCACUUUGUUUUGUGGGGAGGUCUAGUUUAGAUAUCAACUUGUUUUUGCACAUGUUUCCUCUAUAGUUUCUUUGUUCAUAGCCCAGUAGACUUUGUUACUUCUGAGGUAAGUUAAGGAGGUUGGUUUGGUUAUCCCCAAUCCUGCUUCCCUCAUCUCUAGUCAGGAGACAGCAUCAGGGUUAAGAAGACUUUCUUUUUUUUUUUUUCCUUAACUAGGAGAACCAAAUCCGGAAGCCAACAUAGAGGCUUAGUUUGUGUGUUGUCUCUGAGUUUGACGCUCACGUGUGCAACAGGGUAUGGGAUGUCUGUGGGGUGGCCCCGUUGGUGGGCUGGCCAAUCCCGGCUGCCACGGGCAGUCACCUCUUGGAGCGGUCAUUCCCGUGUCCAUGAACUCGGGGCCCCGGCCAUGGCCUGGGCUGCUGCAAUGUUGAGGAGCCCAUGUGAGAACUGAGUCCUGGUGCCUCAGGCUGGGGGUCGAGGGGAGGGGACUCUGGGGUAGGAGAGGUGACAGGGCCCAGAGAAUCUCCUGCAGAUCGAGCCCUUCCUUUGGGCUCGCGCCAUCUCUGGGCUGGUGGACUCUUUCUCCUGGAAGGUGAGGAGAGGGGUUUUGGGCACACCUGGCACUGAGCUGCUCCACGAAGGACCAGGUUCACCUGUGAUUAGCUCCUGUGGCCCUGCCCUGGGCCCGAAUCAGGAAUGUUCCAAAGAGUGAUAGUCUUUUGCUUUUGGCAAAACUCUACUUAAUCCAAUGGGUUUUUCCCUGUACAGUAGAUUUUCCAAAUGUAAUAAACUUUAAUAUAAAGUAGUCAUGUGCACUCCACUGCCUUUGCUUCUCUCUCUGCUGGUCGUUUGGACGUGACCAGCCUUUUCUCGAAACACCGGUGAUAUUGGGAAACUUGGCUAAAAGCUCUGUGCCUUCAUCUUUCCCGUGGGGAGGGAUUCUGGGGCCAGAGUCCUGGUUUGUUUUUUGUCGUCGUUGCUAAAAUUCUUCUGGAGGUCGGUAGGUUCAGCCAAGGUUAUAUAAAGCCUGAUGUUAGUUUCCACGUUGCCAAGCUUGCAGCCCCGUCUCCUAAGUGGCCUAAAGAAGCUGUGAGGGCCCCGGCACAGCUUGACCUGAGGGCCCUGCCCACAGAGGCCUGGAGCCCAGGCCUGCCUCGCAGACCCCUGGACAGUCCUCCUUUCGCACCUUUGCUAGCCCAGAGGCCCCACCCAGGAUUCCUGGGAACUCCUGCGCUUGCUUAUUUAAUUUGACAACGUUCCGGCUGCUCUGUGGGCCGUCUGAGAGGGUGGCUGUCUGUGACUCAGAGAGACGCACCGCCAAAUGAGGGGAACCUGUGCCCUGUGUUCGACUCUGGGACUUUCUCCCGGAGUGUAUGACUGGACACGACUCGCGGGUGGGGAAGGGGUCCGUGACCGUGCCCGUGUCUGCUGGUCCGUGGGAGGGAACCGAGCCUGUGGCUGGGCCUAUUCUUGUAACUGUAAUAAAUGGUACUUGUCAUUUCA